UAAGCAUCGGUACACAGACAGUAACAGAAAACCCCGAAGAGAGCAGGAGUCGCCGAGAGCUCCUUCAGGGCCUCACAAAAUCUUUUUUUUUCCAAAAACAGAAAAAAAAUUUGAUUUUCACGGCGGACCGUGUGACGGAUAAUAUCUGUGUGUGAAUCCAUCUACACGAAUCAAGAUGAGGUUUACCAUUCUAACGCUGGCGGCUACGCUUUGCCUCGCAUUAGUGAGCUCGCAUCCGCUUCCGGAAGACUCCGGGCUCCGAUCAGAGGCCCUUGAUCGGCUGGUGAUGGCCGAAGCCGACAGCGAGGCCGCCCUGAGGAGCAAAAGGACGAUCGGCAUUCUACGACAGCUUUUCCCCGAAAUUUCCCAGGACGUAAACCCGGAAUCAGAGAAUCGAGUGAACGAGAUCGGAUCGGAAUCACAGAACAACGAGGUGCGAGUGCAAUUUGCGGACGAAGUGCCGAGCGAAAAUUCGCCGCAGGAAUUGACGCCGCUGGAUGAGACCGAGACAGACGAGGAUGAGAACAGGAACAAGAGAUUCCUCUUUGGACUUGGCGGCGGUGCCGGCGGUGCCGGAUCGGGCAACUUCCUCUUCGACAUCAUCAGGCUGGUGGCCGGAAGCGGAAGUAACUCGCUGGGCGGCUCUUCAGGUAGCCCUGAUCACGAAAAGUCGGAUCACGAGCACGAGGCUGUACCCGGCCCAGUCACCAGGUUCUUCGUCAUCGCUAAUCGAGGACUCUCGAAUCUCGUCCAGGAUCUCAUACUUCGUCUGGCGGCAACGAGCGAGCGCUUCGUCAACUUCAAGGCGCGACUGAUCACCUCCAUCAUCUAAGAACUCACUCGAGGACUGGGAUGAGGAAGCACAAGAAGGGGCCUCGCCGGCGUUGGUACCGCCACGUGGAGGCAUCAUCGCCGAGCCGCCUUUGCCAGUAGGAGCACGGGUACGACGUUGGCAACAAAACCAAUCUCACGGGUGUUGCCCCCUUGUCCCUGAGAUCCUGAACUCAAUUCCUUCGUCGAUGGCCGUCGAGCUCUUCGCGACAACACUUCAUCGCCAAAUGCAUUUUCCCUCCCCCAAAGCGAUCGUCUCGAUUCCGUUAGACUUCGUUCACUCUACUGUCUAGUUCCCCUUUGUUUCUAUCUACUUCUCGUUCUCCGCUUUUUUCUCUCCCUCCUUUUAUCUCUCUCCCUGCAUACUUCUGUAUUUUCCGUCUUUCAGUCAAUUGAAAUAACGAUAACAAAUAAUUAUAUAAAGAAAUUUUUGAUAGGCGAUCGUCGUUUUAAGAUGAUCGAAAUUUAAUUGUGACGGGGUGGCUCGUGCCGCCAUAGUACGAUGGAAGCACAUUCAUCGAGAGAUGAGACGAUAAAACUAUAAAAUUGUCUUGAAUUUGUGAUACGAUACGGUUUCCGUUUCGAACGAAAUAAUGCGCCAGCAAUCACAGGUUCGAAAAUUUCUAUGCGCGACUCUGUCGAGCAGCAGAUAAUUUCUCGGCUAAAAAUAUUAUAUUUCAAUUUGCGCCUUAAAAUAAGAUUAUAUAUUUUUUUUUUAUUUAAAAGGGUAUAUGAGAUACGGAAGGCUUACAGUUUUUUUAGGGAGUUAAACGUGUGCUGUUGACGGUUCAGAUACAUACAAGUGUUUUGUCCCGACGACGAUCAAAUCGAAAUGCAUCAUUCAUGCAUGUGAACAAUCGAAAGAAAAAAAAAAAACUUGACUUUGUUUUCUGAACCGUUCAACAGCACACGUUUCACAACUCCCUAAAAAAACCAUAAGCCUUCCUCAUAUAAAUCUCAUAUAAAUAUAUAUAUACAUAUAUAUAUAUAUAUAUAUAUAUAUAUAUAUAUAUAUAUAGAUAUAGAUAUAUAGCUUAAUUUGGGAUAUAAUAGUGCCAGGCAUCUUAUUGUUUCUAUCUAUUUGUGUUUCUAUCACACUUUCUUUGUAAUUAUCUCCCUAUCUACUUUUAAUCUCUCCUCCCUAAAACUUGCGGUGACGUAAAUUCAUGAAAUUUAGACAAUUUAAAUAACGCUGUUGAUUAUAUAGAAACAAAAAGAGAAAGAGAGAGAGAGAGAGAGAGAGAGAGAGAGAGAGAGAGAGAGAGAAAAUAAAACCAAAAAUUUUUCUUAAUAUGUAAUUCAGCUGAUACAGUUUGUGGAGGUUUGUCACCGCAGUAAACUAUUGGAGAUAUUCCUUUCUUGGAUUUUUUCAGAACGCGAAAAUCCAAUUAGCGAUAUAAUUUAACAAAAAUAAUGGUCGUCAACAUGUGAAACACGGCGUUUCUCGUCCUUGUACCGAGCGUAUUAUUUCUUUAUGUAAAGUGUCCCUGUUGUUUUUUGUAGUGCAAAUAAAUAUUAUUAUAAUAAGAA